AUCUCCCCACCGAGACUUAUCACCAGCAUCUAGCAUGAUUUGGACAGCUUGUAAUGGGGCGACCCACGGAGAUGACCACCAGGGACUCAGAUCAAGAUUUAGGAGCCUUUAUUAAGCUGGCCAGCAACUACAGUUACAACACCCUGCCGAAGCAAAGGCUGAACUGCAGUGCCGACUACAGGAGUUACAGCGUUUUUAUUUGCAAAAACCACAAGAGAUCAGAAUGGAAGGAGGAAGUAAGCAACAGUUCCAUAGAAUGCGACAAGAGGUCACGGACAUGUCAAGAUUGGAGACAGUGGGGUUGGAAGUGCUAUAUGUAUUUAGGGCUGAAUACAUUAGAGGUAAAAUAAAGAACUCAGCGUGGCCACCUGUAACGUUUACCACAAAUUGCAGCACAGUAAUCCGGCAAGCAUACCUCCCUGGAGUCUGGGUCAAAACAGGUCAAUGGAAGUAUUCAGACUUUUCCGAGGUCCAACUCGAAUUCAGGGGGAACAGACUUGAAUUUGAGCCUGACCUCAGUGAUAUCAUAACUGACAAGGCUAUCAUAGAAAACAGGAACAAAUGGACGUUCGAAUAUAACUGAGGCACAUUACAGGAAAUAUCAUCAAAGGCUCCGGCACAUCAACAGCGAGCAGGGAUUACAGAGAUUAAUUCUUGCACUGCUUAGUGGUGAUCUCGAUAAUACUGAAGAGAAGGUUCAACCUUUUGUGACAGGAAACCUCAAUACAGAUGACUUGAUAACAGUCCUGGUGCCCGGACCCAUACUACCUAAUUAUGGACAUCAAGGGCACCGGAGCCCAGGAGAUCUAUCUCCCACCUAGAAGUCACACGCUCAAUGCAGCCACUAUCGCCGCGAGAAAACCAAGCUCUGUUACAGUGUCCACCAUAGGUGGCGGUAUUGCCGUUGGAACCAAUUUCCUGCUCAUCUAUACAACAUUGAUGGGAAACCGUUUGACCGCUAAAUUCAUGAUAAUCGUGGUGUGGUUGAAGGGGCAAGUGCACCGCAACCAUGGGGACCCUUGACGGACCUUAGUCCAUCACCAGAGCAGGUUAACUUAGUGAUAAAGUGCACUUUGGCCAUAUUAUUCCACAUGAUCUGUAAACCUCAAGAAAGCUCAGGGACCCAGAUAAGCCGCAGGUUCAGUGUUCUUUAUGCUACACUGAGACCUGGUGUUCAGCCACCUCCUGUUGAGAUUGACCCAACGCUAGAUCCAAAAGCAACCGCUGUAUGGCUUACAGAAAAGGAACUUGAUGUACCAAUACUUGGUGCUCUCCUAAACACAGGCAUUUUGUCCUUGAGUCCGACUGCCAAGGCAUUCAUCUCUCAAAUUAAGCUUAUUUCUGGCUUCGCUGAGAUGACGUCUUACCUCACCAUCAAAUAAUUUCUUCAUGAGGGGUUUACUCAUGCAUCAAUGCUUCCAGGUGUAGGGGCUGAAUUACCAGCCUUCUUGAAAGCUGAGAAGGAACUUCGUGACCAACAUGGAGAUGAUAAGUUUCCAUACCUAAAAUGUCUUCGCCUUCCGAACUACGAGAAGAUGGCUCCUGUUAAUUACCCUAACUUGUGCAAAGUGGCGAGAGAAGUGUUGAUGGGACAUUUAGAGAUUACAGAACAACAAAGGAGUCCAUGUCUCAGUUAACUGACCAAGAGAUAGAAGCUGCUCUAGCACAACCACCCGUGAAGAAGAAGGUGAUGCACAAGGAAGACGCCGAAGGGUUGAAAGCAGCAUUUGGUAUUACUGACGAGGAUAUCAUGAGUGCCACGGGAGGCCCUGCACCACCUCCUCAAGCAGGCUCCAAGGACUUGGUGAAGCUCCUUACUGAGGCACUUCGUAAGGCUGAGAGGAGAGCAGCACAGCGUGAUGAGUAAUCAUAAGCCGUCUGUAGUUGUGAGCAAGAAUUGCACCACUAUAGGAAUAAAACCAAUAAAAAACAACAAACAAAACAGUCCUGGUGCCCAAGGAGAAAGAGCUCGAAGUUAAAGGCAGGUACUUCUCUAAGCAAUCCUGUAGCAUCAGACUUUAUCAGGUUUUGGCUGAAUUAAACCUCAAGAAGUACAUCAUGCCGUUACUACAUAUGCACUCCAUGACAACAUCUGCAACUCAACUAUCACAUAUCUUCGACAAGAUAUCCACUCAAAUUACUAGAAGAGAGGUGUUCGUAAUCAACUUAGAUUUUGAAUCAUGGUGCAACGCCUUUAGGCCUGAGUUGCAACAGCCUUUCUGUGAAGAGUUGGAUAGGAUGUUCCUCUCAGGAUGUUUCUAUCAGGUUGGAUCCUGGCUGCCCGCGCUGACAACCUUCAUCAUGCAGGAUAGAUUCAACCCUCCUGCUCAAGAUCAGGAUGGUUUUCCAAUCGAGGAUGGAGAGGCCUGCCUUCAAGGUUCAUUGACAAUGGGCGAGGGCAUGCACCAGAAGCUCUGAACAAUAAUAACAGCUUGCUUGGAGCUCUUGUCUCUGGAAGAGCUUGGGCUAAAGGGUGACAUCCUAGGCCAAGGAGACAACCAAACUAUCAUUGUCUCAGUUCCACCAUAUGCAAUCAAGGAUGAAGCAAAGGACCUCCUGUUGAGCAAACUGAUAUUCAAGGCACAUGAGGCUAGAUUGACACUAAACCUGAUGAGUGUUGGGUGAGUGAUGUCAUUUAGGAGUAUGGGAAACGCCUCUACUUCAAUGGAGUUCCUGUACCAAACUUUCUAAAAAUAUUCUCUAGACUGACUGACAGCACUGGGGAGAUUUACUCUAACAUUUACUCAAGGCUUACUUGCCUUAGUUCUAGUUGCCUUUCCGAAUCACAAAUGGAUUAUACACGUUGGCCAUCCGUCAUAGCUGGAAUUUUGGUUUACGUAAUGGAAAUAUUUGUUUUGUUUCCAAGUCAAAUUUGCUCUGAUCCCCAUAUAGUAUCUGCUCUUGCAGUAGUUGGACCUGUCCUGGGAGGUUUGUCAUCUCUAGCAACAUUACCAUCAGUUAUGUUUAGAGGGCUUGCUGACCCGCUAACAUUUCAGACCGCUAUAACUACAGGAAUUGCACCUCUGUGCAUCCAUCAAGUCACAAAACUCACUGUGCCUGCUCAACCAAGUGCACUGGCUCUUUGCUCAGAUCCAACUUGUUUGAACAUAGUUCCGAUACGAAGACCUGAGGGUAUUUUGAAGAUUUGGAUAGAAGAAUCACUAUCAGAAAUGACUGGAUCAUCACGCAUUCUAAACCUAAUGAAGACGGACAUCUCCUCCAGAGAAGUUCUUGCAAUUGAUUUAUUCCAGAUGGAGCCAAAAUAUCCAAGACUCAUGAGCUAUUUAUUUACCAAAAGUAAUGUUGCCUAUGGAUUGUCUAUGCUUGACAAAUUCCAAAAGUCUAGCACCAUUGUUAGCCUAAGUCAAAGCAUGUCUAUGCGGUGCAUAACAGAAGAGAGCAGACGAUUCAAGGAGAAGCUUGUGCAGAGUAUCUUAAUGACUAACAAACAAGGAUUAAACAUUCUGGACUACCUGACCCCAUGUACUAUGGAUGGUGCAAGCCGGUUAAGAGCAGCAACCUGGGGUUGCCAUUUACACGGAGUUACUAUGCCCUUUAUUGCAGAGCAGUUUAAACUGAGGUUAGCCAUGUCAGAUGAAGAGAUUUCUCUAUCUAUUAUAUUUCGACCUGAUACUACACUUCCACCACGAGGAUGGAUGAACAGAGGGAAGCGACCCCUUUAUAUUGGGCCGUGCACCUUCGUCAAAAUCAACAGGGGAGCAAUUACCGGCCUGCUUGAAGGAAAGAUCGGAAAGAUGGCUGAGGACCUCAUUUCAACCUGUGACUGCAUCAGAUUAAGAGGGAAAGUUGGUGAGCAUUUAGCAGAGUUGUUAACCAUACUUCUGGAUGAGAAAGGGGUCACAGUGCCUGAGCUUCCGGUGGUCAUUGGAGGUACCUUGACCCAUCGGUUACCAACCGUAUCAGAUGAUCGAGCUGGCCUAGCAGGAAGCUUGAAUGUCAUCUCAACCCACAUAGGAUUUACUACAGACUAUAUGACAGACUUCGCGAAGUCACAGAAGGACUUCACAAUCCACUUUCAAGGAGCAUUUAUUCAUGGCCUUAAUCUUUUGUCAUCACAACUCCACUAUGGUGCUUUACCCUUGCAGACCUACUACUUAACCCUUUCGUGUGAUAACUGCACACAAGAAAUUCAAGAGGACCAUUUCGCUCGUUAGGACACCAGCAUAUUGUGGCAUUGCCAUGGACCAUGUUGUCACACAAACCAGCCUUGGCUUAAUCGCCUGGUAUGGAGACCCCGCAGUGGCUGCAAGCUUUAAGCUUGGGGUAGAGAUGUUUCUAUCUUUAUAUCAAGAAUCCUACAACCUCAACACCAUCCUGGAUUUGGGUCAGUCGCCUAGGCCCCUCGAGAGGUUCUCUCUCAGUCAUCUGUCUCCGCUUCCUGGACACUUGAUAAUUGUGUCUUUUUGGCACACUGGAAAUUCACGAAGGAGCAUGGCCAUAUCAGUAUCUGGAUAUCUUAAGCCUGCAUCUUAUAUUCCAUCUUUAUCACCUACGUUAAGGUGGACAUGUGAUGUACUGUUUUCUUUGUCGGACGCUAAUCAAAUAUUUGACCUAGCAGGCAAAGCUGGGGUAUUGAACAACCUCCUGCCUAUUGGUGUAUCACUCAGGAGCACACUAGUUGCUAAUCUUCUGCUAGCCGGAUUAACUUACAAGUCUCCUGGUAUCACAUACAUUAUGAGGAGAAUGAAGAUUGACAAAAUUGAGCAAGAUGUGGUCAUGUACCCUGAUGUUGACUCAUUAAUUGGCAGGUUAAGCCCUUUGUCACACCAAGGAGAUGGGCCAGCGAGAUGAAAGAAACUAUCUCUUAUAUGCCCGGACAUAACUGCCAGAUUCAUUCAGCUGUUCAUGCUAUACCUUUGUCACAACACUGGCACUUGUCACAGUUACUUAAAGCGUUUAUAGCUAUAAACUCUGUGGAGGUAAUGGUGGUAUCUCCCUGUACUCCCCCGGAGGUAAUAGUUGAUCUUUGCCAUGUGACAGAGAUCAUAAUAAAUGCUCAAGGUGAUCCAAUAAUUCUCGAGAAGGCUGAGCUUGCCGACUUGUAUGGUGCUGUCUCAGUAAGGUUAAUGGUCCAAUUGUCGCUUUCUACCUUAUGCUCAGCUAAGUACUAUUAUGACCAUUCAGAAACUGUUCCUGGUGCCCUUGUGUAUGGGCCUUUGGAUAAUAUAUUUGAAGUGCAGGGUCCAUGUGGGGGAUUUCAUACCAUGUGCCUCAACAGGGUGGUAAGGCGCUCAACCUUAGUGGGGCAUGCUGCAAGCCUUAUGACAUAGUUAUUUUGUGCCCAGCUGUGGGCCCUGUUUCCGAGUCCCUGUUUAGAUUAGUUGUGAAAAGUGCAUGUGAUUGCUUAGAUGCUAUCCAAGAAUUUCCCUUAUGGUCUACAGGCUCAAGGAGAGGUGAAACAGAAUGGUCACGUGAAAUCGGUCACAAUGUUGGGCUCGUUGAGCUUGUGAACAAUCUUCAUCAAUUCUUAGAGCUUAUCCGCAAAGCAAUUAAAGUGCCUUGUAGGCCUGUUUGCCCGUAUUAUAUGAGAUAGUAUUCCGAACUCGGGUAUACUACUUCACUCUUCGCACCAGGUUUAAAAAUUGUUGCUACGUUAGUAGCAUCCACUAUCAUACUGGUCUACGAUAAACAUGUGGAUAUAUCCUGUCUCGCCCGAGUUCUCUGAGCGCCGCUUGCUGUGAUUUAAGGAAAAAAAAAAGAUUCAUUAAGUAAUCCUCAUCCAUUGAUUUUUAGAGAGAGUGGAAGGGGAAAAGGGAGGGAAGGAGGGAGAG